AUGACACCCAACGUUCAUUUUUCAUCUGAGGAAGAUUGCCGAUCUCUCCCGGCGUACUUCAGAAACACUGGUGACACUCGUGAGGCGGUCAUUUGCAAAACAGAAGGGGCCUGGCCCGAGUGGCUGAGCGGGACAUUCGUAAGGACCAGUGGAGGGUCGUGGACUAUCCCGCUUUCUGAGGACGGCUCCAAGCCCAGCGCACAGUUGCAACAUUUUUUUGAUGGUCUUGGAGUUUUACAUAAGUUUGAAUUCAACGAUGGUGAAGUGAAAUAUAUCAGUCGGAGCACCGCUGAUGGUCUUAUCCGCAAGGCCAAAGAACAGGGUUUCCUCAAGGCCUUGGUGUUCGGCUUGAAUCCAAAUACAGCUCUAGAAGACGCCCAGGACCCAUGUUGGGCCAAAUUUGGGAAACAGGCAUGUCUUUCUCCAGUUCAAUCCAUUUUUCUACCUUCCAAUGAGAGUGCUGAGCCCGAUGAGUACAAUGUUAACGUGGUCCCCAGAAGGGGUUUCCACGUCGCUGCCAACGGCAACCCGAAUAAUCGGGGGAAGCCGGCAGCGAAGCCCGAAGAAGAAGAGAUUAUUAUCGGCUCUGAUGUCAAUGUUCUGCAGAUUUGUGACGCAAAAACCUUAGAACCCAAGCGACUGUUUACGUGGGCGGCGAUCGAUCCCGAGCUUAAUGGGUUCGGGAUCUGUGCUCACCCCGUCAAAGAUCGGCAGCGCCACCACAUCUACAAUUAUUUGAUAUCUGAGCAGGGAGUGAUGUAUGUCUUUGCUGUCGAUUAUGCCAGUAACCCAGCGAAACUGGUUUGGAAGACUGCUCUGCCUUGUAGACCAUGCUAUAUCCACUCGCUAGCUAUUUCCCAGGAAUAUUGCAUAUUUAUCAGGAACCCAUUGCAUAUGGACACCAGUGAUGUCUCAAAACCGGCAUCUCAAAUGCUUACGACAGAGCCGGGUGAAAAAACUUUGUUUUUCGUCAUUCAAAAGACCACAGGGACCUUGGUCGCUACAUAUGCAGCUCCGAACUUUUUGUUCUUUCACUCUGUCAACGCUUACGAUUAUAUUGACCAGGGAACUGGAUUUAAGAACGUGCACGUCGAUCUUAUUUCAUACGACGGAGCUAGCUGUCCAUUCCUGGAGUUCAACUUCAGCAAUUUACUCAGCCCCGGAGGACCGUUUACAGAUGGCACUCUCAUUCGUUAUGAGCUGUCCGGCGUUAACGCUUUACCUAAGUUUUCUGAAACGCAAAGACGGGCAACUGUUGCGCAGAUGAUGCCAAAUUGCCCCAUCGAGCUUCCGAGAAUCAACAAAUUUUACUCGUGUAAUCCGUCGUACAGAUAUGUUUGGGGCAUAAUAGAGAGUGGCGGGACGGCUCCUGGCACCCUUGUUCCGCUCGCAAAACUGAGCAACGGGAUUAGCCACCCUUCUUGCGCAUUUAGUGCCGGAAUUGCGAAGGCUGAUUGGCAAACUGGAAAGGUUGAGAUUUGGCGCCCCGAGAACGGUGAAAGUGCGCCAUGUGAGCCGGUUUUCAUUGGCCGCCCUGGGGCGUCUGAUGAAGAUGAUGGUAUAACCCUAACCAUCGUUGUCAACCGUGAAGGUUCGCAUAGUACACUUGUGGCUCUUGAUGGGAAGACUUUAGCUGAGGUCGCGAGGGCCUCUAUGCCCCAGGUAUAUGGAAUGGGCCCCCAUGGAAGUUUCAUUGAGAAGCCGGGCCUUUAUAGCCAAGCAGACAUGAACCCCUGA